AUGGAUAAGCCGUUUGGCAAGCUGAUAUCGUCCAACCUAUUUACGUUCCAUGUUGGACCUGAAAAGACCCCCUUCAUAGUCCACUCCGAGGCUGUUGCUAGGCAGUCCCCAACUCUCGACACGCUCAUAAACGGCGGCUUGGUUGAGACACAUUCCAGGACAGUCGCAUGGCCAGACGUUGAUGUGGAUACGUUUGUUCGGUUCUGCGAGUUCUGCUUUCUAAGCGAUUAUUCUCCCCCCAGCUGUAGUGAAGAUACGAGCACCGAUGAGGCAAAAGCAGAUAUACUGGAAGGCACUAGAGCUAACGGGGGGGAUGUUUCUCCUGAUCCAAGGCCUAGGCUCAACCCUUUUGAACCUGAGACUCUUGAGGCGCCCGAGCCAGCGGAAGAGCCGCCUCCUGCGGAAGAGCCACUAGUGGACGAGACAAUGGAAUGGGGCUUCAGUAGCAGAAAAAAAGGGAAAAAGAAGCUUCCCAAGCCUCCGAAACCGAGACUUUUCUUUAAAGACAAAGAAUAUUCGCUUCCCCCCUACCUUGCACAAGCUGCUGAACAAUUCAAGCCCUUCUCCAACGUUUCAGCAUCCCAGGAUUUCACGCCUGUGUUCCUUGGGCACGCGCGGCUAUACGUCCUCGCAGACAAGUAUGGAAUCGAGCCCCUCAAAGAGCUUGUGCUAUAUAAGCUAUACACGACCUUGAAGGGGUUCACCAUUUUCAGCAAACGAGCCGGAGAUAUCAUUCAGCUGAUCAAGUUCACAUAUGAGAACACACCCGAGAACACAUGGGCUGAGGACCUAAGGACACUUGUCACACACUAUGUCGCAUCUAAGCUAGACGACCUUGCUAUGAAUAGUGAAUUUCAUCAAGUCUUGGAUGAGGGAGGCGACUUCGUGACGGAUUUCUGGAAACUGGUCUGGAGGAGGAGAGAUUGUAUAUUUCAGUCCCUUGGGGAGUAUGAGGGUAGCUAUUGA